CAACAAGAAGCCCUCCAAGGUGCCACACAGAGUCCCACUAUGGUUCCAAAAGAAGAAGGAUUUGGUAGCUGCGGAUAUGCAUUGACUAUCGGGUCCAAAACGAGGGUGCAGUUAGGAGUGGCAGAGCGGCUAAGUAGGUUUUUAUCUUCCUGA